CAUUCAAACAUCACCGCACACGUGUUGUUGUAUGGGAGUGUAUGGAGUUGCAACUGAAAGGGCCAUCACAACAACCAAACAAAAAGAAUUCGUUAAAUUAUUCAAAACUAACGCCUGAUAACGAAACAACCAACCACUAACAAUUAAAGCAUUAGGUUAAUUGUGGAGUUGCAAGAGCUGUAACUCGCGUGUAUUUAUGUUUACAUAAGCAAACGACACCAGCACCACCCAACAGCCACAUCGAAAACAACAAUAAUGACGGACACGCUUCGAGAGGGAAGUUUGGUGGGACUAGGCAAUCCCCUGCUGGAUAUUUCGGCCGUUGUGCCUUUGGACUUCCUGCAGAAAUAUGCCAUGAAAGAGGAUGAUGCUAUACUGGCAGAAGAGCGUCACAUGCCCAUUUACAGGGAGCUAAUUGAGCGUUUUCAGGCCGAGUUUUUAGCCGGUGGUUCUGUUCAAAAUUCGUUGCGUAUUGCACAAUGGAUUAUUGGCAAGCCCAAGGUGGCCGUCUUCUUUGGCUGUGUGGGUCAGGAUGACUAUGCGAAUAUUUUGGCGGAAAAAGCUUGCGCCGCCGGGCUAGAUGUCCACUACCAGGUGAAGUGUGACACCCCCACGGGCACCUGUGCCGUCCUGAUAACCGGAACGCAUCGUUCGCUCUGCGCGAAUUUGGCGGCGGCUAACAAAUUUACUAUCGACCAUCUGGAUAUUCCUCGCAAUCAGGCACUAAUAGAAAAUGGUCUCUACUACUAUAUAUCGGGCUUCUUCUUGACCGUCACACCGCCGAGCAUAAUGCGCGUAGCGGCCACUGCCCAUGCCAGACAGCGACCUUUCCUAAUGAACCUCAGCGCACCAUUCAUAUCGCAAUUCUACAUGGCGCCGCUGCUGGCCGUUAUGCCCUAUGUGGACAUUAUAUUUGGCAACGAGGCCGAGGCCAAGGCCUUUGCCGAGGGCCAGUGCUGGCCCGCCGAUGCCGAUCUGCGCGAGAUUGGCAAGCGAUUAGUCGCACUCGAUAAGCUUAAUCCGAAGCGGCCUCGCAUUGCCAUUCUGACGCAGGGCUGCGACCCUGUGCUGCUGGUGCAGCACGAUUCGGUGCAGGAAUUCCCGGUCACACGUUUGGCGGCGCAUGAGAUUGUGGAUACCAAUGGCGCUGGGGAUGCAUUCGUUGGUGGCUUCUUGUCGCAGUUUGUGCAGGGCAAGUCGCUGGACGUGUGUAUACGGUGUGGCAAUUAUGCGGCCGGACACAUUAUCAAGAAUCCUGGAUGCACGUAUUCGGGCAAGCCCGAGUUUGUCGAAUAGACGGGAUGGAACGUGGCGGCGCACAAAGCUACCUGGCGAGAGAAACAGACAUGCACUGCAAGACACACACACAUACACACCACAACAUUAUACACACACACCUACACACACACACACACAACAACAACACACUGAGAGCGCAGGUGCGGAUAUAAAGAGAAAAAACAAAAAAACACUGAUUGGCAAUUGCCGUUAUUAAGUGUAUGAUGUUUUAGUGAUUAAGGCGUUUUUGAAUUUUUGCUAUCGCUGAUAAUUGUUUGUAUAUAUGUAUGUAUGUAUAGUCGAUUAUACUUAGACACACACACACACACCCACAGCCGAAUGAACAUGAACAAUAACGCCGCACUUGACUUUCAGAACUUGUGUUUUAUACAUAGAUAGAGCAAUAUUCGAAUUUAAAUUGAUAAUAAAUGACACGCGCGAGAAUCACAGACAAAAUUUUGCACAAUUCAAUA